AUGCAUGCCCUGCGUAGAGCCGUCUGUGCUGUAGGCCACGCCACCAAAACAGCAAGAUGUUUUUCAACCUCCGGCCGGGUACUUUUUCUGUUGUUGCAUUUAUGUUUUAGGCCCCAAAUAAGGUCGCUCUUCUCGGUGCCAGUGGUGGAAUUGGACAGCCUACCGCGCUGCUUUUAAAACAAAAUCCACUGGUGAAAGAACUAGCUUUAUAUGAUAUCGCCCACUGUCCGGGUGUUGCUGCUGACUUGAGUCACAUUGAGACUCCAUGUGUAGUCACUGCCCACAAGGAUCCUUCAGAGCUGCCCAACGCACUUAGCGGUGCAAACGUUGUCGUCAUUCCGGCUGGUGUUCCUAGAAAACCAGGUACAACUCUCCCUGUUUUUAAAGGUUUUUGAAAAAGGUUAUCUGUGUGGCUUUUAGUGUCAGCUUUGGACUCUGCUCAUUAAGGUUAUUCAUCAGUGCUUGUGUGGUGCCCGAGAAUGUUGACGAAGGCACAAGCCGAUUAAUUUAGCAUACCUUGGAUAGAUUCGGACGGGGAAAUAACUGAACACAAUCGGUAGAUAAAUCAUCACGAAAGUGCAGAUGGAGGGUGUAGAGUGUAUGCAAAGUGUGUGCAAAGGUUAUACUAACGAUAUAAGUUUAGGGUAUAUUUCGACAGUAGAAGACUUACUUACAUGUACUUGACACGACUGCGAUCACUCCUGAUAUUGCUAGCCUCGAUGAUGUCACGAAUUGUAUCUCUCCACGCGUGACGAUCCGCGGCAGCAGGUCUGCACGGCUCAACCUAUUCCCUUCGCGAACGACGGAGACUGAAUACCGAAGGUCCAAGAACCACCUGCAUGUCUUGACGAACUGUGUCGAGCCAGGUUUUGAACUGAUCUCCUCUUCGGCGCCUCCAGUGGGAUAACGGUGCCGUAUCGAGGACAGUAACACUGAGCUCCUGAGGUGAACGUCGAAGAACAUUCCCGAACCGACUCAAUCGUCUUUUUUGAUGGCCUGGGUUGUCCUUGCGAUUUUGUCGCAGCGAGCGCGGACUGUCUCAUUUGAGACGAAGUCGGUAUACUUUACUCGAAGGAUUGUCCUCAAGUGGUGGUGGUUAAAUACCUCUAGUUUCCGCUCCUCCACGCGCAAAGCCCAGUAUUCACAACCGUAGAGAAGGACAGACCGGACAGAUGCACGGUACACGCGAAUCUUAGUGGCGAUGGAGAGGUCACGUCGGAUUCAUAGGCAUUUGCGAAGGCUUGAGAAAACCCAGCGGGCAACAUCGAUUCGGGAAACAAUGUCGUCCUUACUCUGUCCAUUAGGCAGCAGCCUCGCCCCGAGGUAUUUAAAACGGUCUACUUUAAGUAGACAGCCAUCAAUCCCGAGAGGUGUCUUCUCCUGGUCAGGGAUGCAGCUUGAAAACACUUUGGUCUUCCCAGUGUUUAUGGAUAAAUCGACCGAUUUCGCAGUCCCGCUCACCCGUGACACCAUAGACUGCAGAUCACCAAAACUUGAAGCAAGUAAGGCGAUAUCAUCGGCAUAGUCGAGAUCAGUCAGUCGGUGUCCGAGUGCAAACCCGAUGCCGUUACCCUCGUGUAGGACCCUCCCGAGAAUCCAAUCAAUAGCAUAGUUGAGCAGAAUGGACGACAAGAUACAACCCUGUCGAACGUCAGACCGAGUACCAAACGGUUGGGGAAGAUUAUUGCGGACUAGGAAUCGCAGUAGUGGAGCGAUAAUAGGCCUUGAUCAUGGCAAUUAUUUUUACUGGUUUACUAUCUAGCGCCAUUAUCUGCCACAGGGACUCAUGUUAGACGGAAUCGAACGCGGCGGCAAAGUCAACAAAGCAGACGGCUGUCGGUGGUUGAUAGCUAUGGCGAAAUUCGAGAAUGCGCCGCAGUGUGAAUAUCUGGUCUGCGCAUCCACAUCCAGCACUAAAUCCAGCUUGCUUGGGCCUCGUCCUUGAGUUACGCACAGCCUGGAAUCGCCUGAGUAGGACAAUAGCGAAGAUCUUCGCAGCAACGUCGAUGAGGCUUAUGGUGCGGUAGUUCUCGCAUCUUGUCUUAUCUCCCUUCUUGAGGAUGGGUAUAAGGAUGCCUAAGCCCCAGUCAUCAGGAAUAACCUCGUCUCUGCACGCUCGUUCAAGCACCUCAUGGAGCCAGGACGCCAGAGAGUCGACACAAGACUUGAAGAUUUCAGCGGGUGUACCGUUUCCCCCGGGUGCCUUAUUAUUGCGUAACUCUCGUAUGGCACCGACGACUUCUCCUUCAGAAGGGGGGGGUUGCAUGGUACUGCAUGGAUGGGAGAGGGAAGAAACUCCGCUGAAGAGGAGAGCAAGGGCGAAGUGGGUUGAGUAUCAAAGUUGAGAUGGUGCUCAAAGUGUCCACGUCAGUGUUGGACUUCGGCCAGGUUGUCAGCAAUAAAGCCGCCUUUCACGUCGCGAACAGUCACUCAGUGUAGAAGGAUUAUCGCUAACUUGGCGGAUAAGUUGGUAGAGUUUUCGAGUGUCACCAACGUUUGAGGACUGUUACAUGAAGGUCGCUAUUUCAGCCCAAUAUUGCUUCCGGUCAUCCCUGGCCUAUUUUGCCGUCAUCUUCCGAAGUUGGUGGAAGCAGUCAUCGUUACGGGACCUGGCUCGAUCCGUCUGAGUAGACAACUGCAGGGUUCUUCCGCUGAUCCAGUCACUGCGGCGUCGCUGGGUGUAUCCAAGGAUCUUCUCAGCUGCCUCAUAUACUGACGUUUUCAGUGACGACCACUUGUUACUGCCUUCUCCGUCAGCUCGGGUCGUAAAACAGGACGGGAUUUCACUGCGCAGGGCCUCGGCAGUGCUGGUUUUCCGGAUUUCUGCGACAUCGAGGCGUCUAGGACGUGGCAUUUUUGGCGCGGAUGAGAUAUGAACUUUCAAGCGUGUACGGACAAGAACAUGGUCCGACCCAUAGACGUUAUCAGUGUCGGCACCACACAUCGGUCUGAUAUCGUGAACCCAGCUGUGGAACCUUGAGCUGACUAGUAUGUAAUCAGUCUGACUGGCCGUAUGACCGUCGUUUGAAUACCAGGUCAGUAGAUGUUUUUUGCGAUGCUGGAAACAUGUGUUGGUGCCAAGUAGUCGGUUUCGAUCAGCGAAGUUCAGCCAUCUUUCACCGUUUUCACAUCAGGAAUCAAGCCCAAAGCGGCGAAGAAGGUAACUGGCUGUGGGGUCGCCAGGUCCGGUUCGACCAUUCCAAUCGCCAGCAACAAUCAGAAGAUCGCGGCGGGCAGUCUUUCAACUAACGCUUGCAACUGCGAGUAAAACGCCUCUUUAUUGAGCCGUUCGGUAGCUGAAGUUGUUGCGUACACAGAGACGAUUGAGAUGUUUGUGAAGUGACCCUUCAGUCGCACGUAGGCCAUCCGGUCAUUGACUGGUUUCCAAGCAAGUAGCGCGAGGUCCGCUUGUUGCGAUAGGGCGAUCGCCACAUCGUGUCGACUAGAAGAGUCGCGCGGGCCGCUGUGGUACAGGGUGAUUCGACUCCAGAAAUCUUUAUUUCGCGGAAGCCUGAGUCAGGGAGUCGAACUUCAGACAGACGGCAGACAUCCACGUUGUACUGAUUAAGGCUGCGUGCUGUCAGACUUUGGGUACCGGGGUCCAGGACCGUUCACUCAUUCCAGCAUCCAGUGCUGAGAGUCCGUCCUCGAUUGAGUAGUCCAGCUCGCAUACUAUUCGCCUGCACCACUGGACUAGGGUUGCGGAGCGCGUCGGUUCCCGCGGACGCCGUAGCAUGGGUCGUAAUACUGUGAUCGGACAUAGUUCAUGAGUUUUCUUGGGAAGUCCGGAUACGGGCGGGUCCCCAACAGCCGAUCGGAUUGCGUGUUCAAGGUUGUCCCCUCUAGCGCUUUGGCUUAAAAGCCUAACCACAAGGCAGCGGUGGCAAGCAAACUUGUUUAAUGGCGGUUUGCGGUCGCCAUGUCACAAUGUUGUCAUUGAGCUUUGCGGCUUUUCGUAAGGCUUUCAGCGUGCCAGACCGCAGCCCACCGCACCCUGGUAGCAAUGUCGCUGCUGCUCCGCGACUGCUUAUUCGUCAGACAUAAAUCCGCUUAUUUCUCAGCUAGCCUUCACUGAAGGUCGUCCCACUAUCCGCCACCUGUGGACGUGCUGGGUAGCCAGCAGCUAGGCUAACGGGCAACCCGUCUUCACGCAGGAGAGUAUAGUCUGCCGCAGCAUGAAAUGGCCCGUCUGAAUGAAGAGGUGACACUGACAUGUCAGUCGCAACCGAUGGGGAGUGCAGCGCUGUCAACAACUGGUGAAGGGUCAUGGAGGUGCUGAUGAGAAAGAAUCGAGUGUUUCCAAGAGCGCCUCGGGAAGGGUUGUCAUAAAUCGUGAGGGAAGAGUCAAUCCCCAUCUUUACCAGCACACGGUUACACCUUCCCCACAUUGAACCCUACUUCAACCCAUUCAAACGGUUCCAUCGAUUCCGUGGGGCGUUACACAAGCCCUUACGGUUGGUCUGUAUCUAGCUGUCUGACUGGCUAGCUGUUGUUAGUAGUCUCUGCAGACACCUUCCGGCCAGGGACUUCUUCGCGCGAUUUAUGUCAAAGGGUGAUCGGGUCAUUAACCGCACACAAACCCGCAAACUUUAGCUGCUAAUGCAGGGCCAGACAGAGGCUAGUGCCAUGCUAUCAGGGACUAUUUGAAAAUUUGGCUGAUACUGUCUUUGACCAGUGAACUUAAACGCAGCCAUAUUCACGACGCAGUUCUUUUGGUCUCAAAGUGCCGUUUAUAGUCCGAAAAUUGCCACUUGGAUAUGAUCAUGAAAGCCUGUUGCUGGCGUCCGAAUUGUCGUCCCCCUUAGCGUUAUCUAGUUUUGUCACGUAUGCUUGCCUUAUGUUGAUUUCGUUAUGACCGCGGAUCAGUCAAAGAACACCUGUGUAACCUUGCAUUUCAUAUGUUGGUGACAGCCCUUUAAAUUGUGCCCAUCCAGCCUCAGUGUUUCGUUUCACUUCCCCAACCACGCCCUUCCUUGCAGGCAUGACCCGUGAUGACUUGUUCAAAUUCAAUGCCUCGGUGGUUGCCUCCCUGACUCUUGCCUGUGCAAAAUAUUGCCCAGAAGCAAUGAUCUGUGUAGUCACUAAUCCUGUCAACAGCACUGUCCCAAUUGCCGCCGAACUGAUGAAGAAAAUGGGCGUUUAUAAUCCGAGGAGACUGUUUGGUGUUACUACUCUAGAUAUCAUCCGAUCAAACACUUUCAUUGCCCAAGCUAAGGUGCGUUGUAUUGACUUCUUUAAUCUAUCUGGUGCGUUUUGUUUCAGUUUCAUUACUCAUUUUUCACGGAAAUAUAACAGUUGUUUAAAAUUUUUGUGCUCGAGAGUUCGAAUGUCCGCAUUGCGUGGUUUUACUAGAUUUGGUUGACGGUCUCCAACCGUCCUACAGAAUCAUUCAAUAUUAUGCUUGUCGUAAAAAGUACCUUCAGCCAAGGGUUUGCCCUGGCCUGAUCUUCUGAUGUAAGCUGACCGCUUUUUCAGUCUACAGUCGUGUAUCUGAGGGAGUUCCAAUGUGUACAUACGUUUAGGACCCAUCUACCUUUUGUGACCAGAAGGCAAUCGGAUUUCAAAAAAAUAGCCGGUAACUAUCCUCUGAGACUUCCGUUGCCGGCCCUUGAAAGUGAUGAGCACGCGGUGGUUUCAAUCAUGACUUUCUGUCCGGCAAAAAACAAUGCUGUUUAUAAACGUUCAUGAAGGAAAUUUGCCGUCAUUCGUUCAAGUUCUUAGGUUGCAGAGGAGUUCGCAUAGUAAAUUCUGGACGAUAGGUAGUUCCAGCAGUUCGCGUUCUCCCCUAUUAUGCGUUACACAUUAAGUUAUAUUUUACUAAAUUGUUUGACAGAGGCUGGGUUCUUUUAUACUUUCAAGUUUGGUGAUAGCCCAGUCCUAUCUUCAUAGUUGUUUAGAUUAUAGUACUAAAAUCCUAGAUACCCGUUCGCCUCCGUAUUUAGUACGCAAAAUUAUUCUGGAUACCUUUUAUCAGGUCUAAUUUAAGUACAUGGUUCUAUUCAUGAAUUCGCUACAUAUGCUAUGCCAGACACUUGCAGCCCCCACGCCAGUUUGGGUUUGGUUUCUAGAUAGAGAAGACAUCCCUGCAAAACUUACAUGAUGCUUCUUGGCGGACUGUUGCGUCUUUUAUGUAAAAGUCGUAUUACUGUUCGCAUCUGAGCACGCUUCCCCCACUUUAUGCAUCUUUUAACUGCCAUUUCCAGGAAAUAUCAAUGAAGUAGAACGUGUAAUACGACGUGGAUGUUAUCGUCGGUCCUAGGAUGUUUUCUUUGAUCUCUUUUCAAAACAUCGUUACUAUAAUCAUCUUAUGCACUUUCAGGGUUUGGAUGUGCGUAAAGUCAAUUGUCCUGUUAUCUGCGGACACUCCGGCGUAUCCAUAAUUCCUGUCAUUUCGCAGUGCACACCUCAAGUCUCCUUCCCACCGGUGAGAUAUUGCAUAUAUUUCUACGUCUUUAGGGAAUACUUCUGGUUUUUGACGCAUUUGUUGACGUCGGAAGUCUGUAUAGUUCUGAUGAAUCUAUUUCACUGUCUUUGAGAUAUAGUUUGACUUCAUCCACCAAAUUAUAGACUUCGGAAUUGGCACUUCUGUCGCCCAACACAAUUGUCAUCUGUACUGUACAUCUUUGAUAUCAACAAAGCCUUUGGCCGGGAGAGAUUUGUUUAGGGUCUGGCGUUCUGAAUAUUGAUUUCGCUUGCUUAUCUUCAGAGACUGGAGAGCCUUAUGCACAACUCUCGUAAUGUGCGCGUUCUGCCGGAUGCGGAGGUCACCUACACCGGCUGUGGAACUGGAUCGGAUUCCCGUUUCACUGUGACUUGUGUCACCGCUGCCGCCACCCUCGUCGAUCGUGACGAUAAUCGACUGUCCGGUUGUUUCACGCCUCCACUGCCUCUUGUGAAGAAGGUUGAUAAAACUAGAUAGGGUGGGACAAAUUUACAUGGCGGUUGGCUGGGCAGUCGGUGGACAUCCAGGCUUCCUUCACCUGCCUUGACUGAUCAUCGCCUCGAUUCACAGUCCCAACGGCGCCAGUUGAAGAUGUCUCUUCUGCAUAGUAGACCUUCGAACAGCUGUUUGAUACCCGUGUGUUCGCGUUGCAGCAGUUAACCGGUUUUGGCUGACUUCUAGCCAGGGAUGUGGUAUUUUGGCCGCGUCACUCGGUUUUGUCAUGACCGCCCCUAUGCUAUACAGGACUUGCUCUGCUGAAUGCACCGUCGUUUGUAUACCUGCUCUUGAUUAACUGAGCGACGUCUGCUAAGCCGUGUCCUUGAAGAGCGCCUUUUUGGGAUAUUUUGCUGGGAAAUCACCACCUGGAAAGUCUGAGACCAAAUCGAGGGCACUUUUCCCUCUUGGGCACGGACAGUUCUUCCUGUCGCGGGCAAAAAUUUCUUUUAUCUUUAUAUGGGACCAUUUUCUCUACCUUUUGCCACUUAUGCUCAAUUCACCACAAAAUGAUCAAUAAAAUACUAAAAUAUUUCACAAACAACUAACUCCGCGCCGUUUCGUUUCCAAAUUACGUUUUAGCAGAGGCUUGGCCGCGCAGAGUAUUUUACAGGACGCUAAAAAGUUAGAAUGACCACUUGCUUGUGGACCUUUUCAAAAUUGUGGAAUGUUCCAAUUUGCGUGGAAAUUAGGUGUUUGAACAGUAGGUUGCCCGUGUGCAUUACUAAUGCUCUUAGACCAUUUUUGGGAAGAGUCAAAUUCGAUCCCCCUGAGAAUAACGUGCUUAUUCACAUCUUGCCUCACCUGAUUUAUGUGGACUGUAAAGUUGCUUUUCAAGGUGACGACGAUUGUUUUGGUGAGACUCUUCCGCCUAGAUUAAUAUCGCCUAGAGCAAUAUACACUAAUACGCGGCUGUGGGGCGCGCUAAUUAUUAACGUGGAGAUUACCUUAAUACUAGCCAACGUUUAUUUCCGCUCAAGAUCGCAGACUUCGCUGAUAAAAUAACUUGGAAACGUAUUCCGUACGAGAAAAGCUACUAAAAAUAGGACACGGAGAUAUGAACAACUGACCUUGGCCCAAAUUCCAGGGAAAUUAUGGUUAAAGUUUAGGUUAGGUGCCCGAGACCGGCCUAGAUCUCGGUUCUCGCGUUUCAUCAGUUUUGUCACCUACCGUACUUUGCCCAUAUUUGUAACCUUUGUCCGCUGUUUUCAGGAAAUUUAAUAGAAGAACCAGCAUACUUUGACAAUGGUUCUGCCAUUUUCUUUACUUUUGCCUGCUUAUUGGCCCUUUUGUGAAAUAUUCGAGCUGUAAGCACGCUUAAGUGGGAAUACGAAACAUCAACUCACAAAUGUCCCUUUUACCUGGACUGGAAGAGGUCCACAGUGCAACCUAAGAUUUGGGAGUGCUGCUAAACUAAGGAAGUCGAGAUCGGCGUCUGCCCAAAGUUAUUUUGGGUGUUCGAGACGCCAUUCCAUUAGCUUAAAAGACACUCCCACACAGGUGGUUUCGGGAAAAGACAGUUCAGUAAAUUGACAGUUAAAGAGGGUUCCGUCCUGCCUGAGCCAGUUCGAUAUCUCUUGCUGAAUAAGACCUAGUGACCCAGGCUUCCAAUUUAACCUAUUUGCCGUUCACGUACUUUUCCUAUGCUGUCGGGAUGAUCCUGGACCAUAUUAUUCACUGUCCUCCGGCUCUAUCCUGUGCUGUAAAGCCCAUUUGUCUUAAAAUUGGUUUGCUUAUAUUUUUAGGAGGAGCGUGAGCAGUUGACUAAGAGGAUCCAGAAUGCAGGAACUGAAGUUGUUGAGGCCAAGGCCGGUGCUGUAAGUCAUCUCUGUAGUGACUUUCUCCGAAAUCGCCUUUUGACAGAACAUGCCAUUCUUUUACACUUCUACAGCCUUCCUGUAGACCCAUGUUCUCCGGGCUAGUAAGUUUUUCCUCUGCGUAGAACCAUCAACCAUACCUCGACUUUCUGGACUGUCCGCUUUUACCUAGGGUUAUUUCGGCCUUUCCCACCAGAAUACCUAGUUUUCGAGCCAUUGUGGGCUCGUAUUCUAUGGAUUGGCGUGUUAUGUGUGUAGACCGUUGUCACGACCGAAUAGGUUGUAGAUGUGAGCCGUGAUCAACGGUCUUCAGUUUAUUUGUUUGCUCAUCUAGACCGCACACAUUAAAAAGGUCUUGUUGAUACACUAAAUCCGCCUUUUUAAGGCGUAUGACCGUUACUGACCUCUAACAUACGAGAGGGGAUGUGUGGAACUAAUUUAUUUACCUACUAUCCCUUCGAGCCUGAACCGAGGUCCUCGCGACUGUACGAUCCCUUGAAGUGCACCUUUGCAGCAUUGCGGAUUUAUCCACAUUGAAGGUCAGUCUUGUCUCGGUGGCUGUACCAGACCGACCUAGAUUUUUAAUUAACACCUUGGUCAUUUGAUGCGAGAGAGAUCAUAAUGCCUUUUUGGAAACCAGUCCCUAUAACUCCCACGCCAAUCAAUUGAUUAUCUAUUAUAGAAUGCUUCUGGUCACGGGUCGCUCGCGAAUCCAUUGAACAGCGACCGACGCACUAGUGCCUGGAGCAAUCACCGCCUCGACUGACCUCGCACAUUCACUCACUGCAUGGGCCUAUUAGGACACACGCACAUUCACGAUAACCUGCGGUAGACAACCGUCGGCUACAUCACUUAUCCCCCACCAGUACUCGCAUCACACAACACCCAUCGCAAACAUCCGAUUGCCACAUCCCACGCAAACGGAAAGUGUGUUUCUCGGCUCCUUCCCCAUGUGGCUCUUCUGCUGCAUAUGUGAUCUGAGCCUGAAAUUAUCACGGUGCACCAAGGGCUGUGGCUUGGAAGGCUGCUAACUGACGCCCUAACUCAGUUCACGCAGUCUGCCCAGUUGUGUGUGUGUGUUUGUGCGGAGUGGCGGAUUGUUGGGCUGAGAGUCAAGCUGUCACGGCUCCUUAAGUGAUCUGUGACUCCCAUGCAUGCGGAGUGUGUGUGUUCGUGUGUAUGCUUUAUAGGUAGUGCCUCUCAGUCGAUGACUGACUGGUUACCCAGCCCUCGAAGGGUGAUGGCCCAGGCUAAGUGCAGGGUUGCGUCUCACUCUUAUGGGCCUUAAGGACUGUCGGCGUCUGCUAUGCCAUGAUCAGCAAACCAUGGCCCUCGCAGCCUAGUAUGCACUGGCAGUUCUCUGGCACUCGGUUCCCUGCUGGUAGAUGUGCUUGCUCUCCCUCUGGGUGUGCAGGCCAUGAGCAGAGCUGCUCUCGUCCUUCUGACCCUUUAUGGUGCUGUUGUUGGUUAAAAUCCUGGUUAAGUGUCUGUUGUGGUGGUAUGCCUGGGCGCGGGUUCGGCCGUGACGGCCAUCUGCAGCGCAAGUCCAAACUCACUAUAAAAUAACUCACAUGCUAACCAUCGUGUCUGCUUUGCCUUGCUGUGGAGCUUUCGGUAGGCAUCGUCGGGGACGACGGUCGAACUGUCUGUCCCCGAGGCCAUGGUUCAUCUCGUUUUUUGCACAUCUUAGCGUAUUGCCAAGGUCUUGGCUGACCCUCAGCCGGCCAAACCGAGCCGUUCUUUGACUCAACUGCGGCCUGCUCAUCCCGUCUCUUCCAGUUCUGCAAUCCUUUCUUUUAACUUCAUUUUAGGGUUCUGCGACUCUUUCCAUGGCUUAUGCCGGCGUCCGCUUCGUAAACUCACUCCUUCAAGCCAUGGGUGGCUGCAAGGGCAUCGUUGAGUGCACCUUCGUGCAGUCAAACGUCAGCGAGUGUGAAUUCUUCUCAACGCCUAUUCUCCUCGGGGUGCGCUGCUCUUCCGAUUUUAUCUGUUCCUUAACUCCCGUCUUCGCUCCUAUUUUUUACGCAUCUGGCAGAGGACCCGUUAGUAGUUUGUCGCACAUUAUACUGUGUGCUGGGGCUUUGAAGUUGUGGCUUGGAAAGUUGCCAACUGGUAUGAUGGCUCAAAACUGACAGCCAGCUCGGAAGGGCUCUUUAAGGCAGCCUUAUAAAGACACACUGGUUACAUUUAAUUAAGCGACGCCUGGCUCGUGUUGAUUGAGGGAUCAGGACGUGUGUGACACGCUAGAAAAGGAAGCUAAUGCCUCAUCGGCCACAACGUCCACACUCGCCUCCAGCUGUCCUAAAAUCGUCUUAAAGCUGGGCGAGCUGGGUGUGGGAAGGAUGAAGUCAGUGGCGUACGCAUCUCCUUUAAUGUAAUCCAACUCACACUCAAGCCACCUCUCCACCGGGAUUAUGGCGGUCCUAACCGGGUCCGACGGAUUAACUAUUAUAUUUAAAUUGGUAGUAGCCUCUGCGCAUCUAUACGACAAUCACAGAAUCUUCUAUUCUUUCUCCAGUAGUCUCUCACUUGGCGGAUAGUAGGGGCGGGUUGACUAAUCUGCGGAUUCCGGAGUUUAUAAUUUGAGUGAGGGUCCACCGCAACAGAUUACUUGUGAUUCCGGCGUUUCGGAGAGCUUGGUCAGUUCAUCAUUGUCAAGGCGUUUGACUUGCAACUCGACAACCUGAAUGAAUAACGUCCGAACGAUAUGCGACUCCGGGAUUUUUUGAUUGGAAGGAGCAGUUUAUGAAUGCCGUUUUUGAAUGAUUUUGUCUUAACCCUAAACAGAUCGUCUCUAGCUGAUAAGGUAAUUUAUUGGUUUGGGUUUUUUUCCUGCCUGCCAUGCACAGUAACCUUACUAGCGCACACGCUCUAAAAUCAAAUUGGCAAUCGGAGAUCGCCUUCACAGGCGAUACAUAAGCUCCUGCCCGCACGAUUUUGUUUGUCACAGUGAGGCGUGGACGCGCAUAUCAGUACGGCCACUCUUCAGCAAACGCAAGGAGGCAUUUUAACCUAGCCCAUUUCAUCGAAAGGACCCGCAGUCUACUUGCGGGCACACCCGAAUGACUAAUUUCGCCACUUCUGUACUCUCUAUACGGUCACUGAGGAGGGUUACUUUCCCAGGAUGUGUAGGCUUCAUCAUAUAUUCCAGUCCCUCCUUCCUCUUUUGGCUCGGUCGUGCAGAAAGCAUUGCUCACUUUUCCACUAUGGUCACUUACAUUCGUGUACCUCCAUAUUUCAUAAUUAGUUUUGCGUUGAUUCGACUGCAGUCAGGAAGAUCUCUGUCUCGUCCCUAACGGCCACGCUAUCCCGACGCCUGCCAUAGCUGGAUUCACAGCCUUGGGUAGUCCUUGGUCCGAAAAGUAACCUCCAGUGUGAUUGAUUUAUCUGUUACCCCCGUCUUGUCUAGCUUACCACUUGACUCAGUUUCUGGAUAGAAAUGCCCACACGAUCUUGUCCAUGUCAUUAAUACUUAGUCUCUUCCCAAAUCUUCGAGUUGGCUUUUGAUAAUUUCCCCUCGACCUGCAGCCAGACUUAGAGAACCUGCCUCCUUUCGUGCUGUCGACGUAGAUUUCUCACUACCAAUGGCAUCUGGAUUGUAAAAAACGACUCGCUUAGUGGAAACUCUCCUACUUCGGAAACUAAGUAUGUUGAACGUCUUUACGUCAGGCAUAUUCCUCUACAUUUGGGCCACUAAUGCUUGGAUAGCAGUGUUUAAUGAAUACGGUUCGCAGGGCUCAUCAGAAUACUGACUCACCUGCCCCACGCCCCUGGUUUGCCACUUCACCAAAACGGCAAUUUCCAUUCUUUUUCUUUUAGCCCAAUGGUGUUGAGAAGAACCUCGGAGUCGGCAAACUGAACGAGUACGAGAUCUCACUCCUCAAGACUGCCGUACCUGAACUUAAGAAGAACAUUGAAAAAGGAAAGAAAUUUGCUGCCGAGUACAAGGAAUAA